GGAAGUCUCAGCACCAUGGCGGGUCCGAUCAGCUUAAGAGACCUUCUAAUGGAAUCGGCAUCCUGGAACAACCCUGAAAGUCCAGAGGGGCCCCCUGCCGAGGGCGGAGGGAGCGUGGCCAGCGGACCGGGGCCUCCUUGGCGAGAGGAGGAGAUCUGCGUGGUGGGAAUCUUCGGCAAGACGGCUCUGCGACUGAAUUCCGAGAAGUUCUCACUUGUGAACACGGUGUGCGACCGACAGAUCUUUCCCCUUUUUCGCCACCAAGAUCCUGGGGAUCCCGGGCCUGGAAUCAGGACGGAGCCUGACGCCGUCGCGGAGGCAGGUGGAGCCGGGGACCCUGGGGCUGGGUCCGCAGAUCCAGUUCGGGGAGGUGUAGCUACUGCGGAAAGUAACCAAACUGAGCCAGGCUUGCAGGACUACAGCCUUCUGCAGGCCUAUUACAAUCAGGAAAGUAAAGUUCUGUACCUUCUUCUCACUUCCAUCUGUGACAAUUCCCAGCUUCUGCGGGCUUGUCGGGCCCUUCAGAGCGGGGAAGCUGGAGGUGGGCUCCCUUUACCUCAUGCAGAAGCGCACGAGUUCUGGAAACAUCAAGAGAAGCUGCAGUGCCUCAGUCUCCUUUACCUUUUCUCCGUUUGUCAUAUCCUGCUUUUAGUCCAUCCCACUUGUUCCUUUGACAUCACUUAUGAUCGCGUAUUCAGAGCCCUGGAUGGACUGAGACAGAAAGUACUGCCCCUCCUCAAAACAGCCAUUAAAGAUUGUCCAGUUGGCAAAGACUGGAAACUGAACUGCCGACCCUGCCCGCCUAGACUGCUUUUCCUCUUCCAACUCAAUGGGGCCCUUAAAGUGGAACCUCCUCGGAGCCAAGACCCAGCUCAUCCAGACAAGCCCAAGAAACAUUCUCCCAAAAGGAGGCUGCAACAUGCCCUGGAGGACCAGAUUUAUAGAAUCUUCCGCAAAAGUCGUGUCUUGACUAAUCAGAGUAUCAACUGCCUCUUCACUGUGCCUGCCAACCAAGCUUUUGUGUACAUAGUUUCGGGAAGCCAGGAGGAGGACCCUGUAGGCAUGUUGCUGGACCAACUUAGGAGUCAUUGUACUGUGAAGGACCCUGAAUCUUUGCUGGUGCCUGCACCCCUUUCUGGUCCCAGGCGAUACCAAGUGAUGAGGCAACACAGCCGACAGCAACUUUCUUUCCAUGUUGACAGCAGCAGUUCCAGUUCUUCCGGGCAGCUAGUGGAUUUCACUCUUCGGGAGUUCCUAUGGCAGCAUGUGGAGCUAGUGCUAAGCAAGAAAGGUUUUGAUGAUAGUGUGGGAAGGAACCCACAGCCUUCCCAUUUUGAACUUCCCACUUACCAGAAGUGGAUCUCAGCAGCUUCAAAACUGUAUGAAGUAGCUAUUGAUGGGAAAGAGGAGGACCUGGGGUCUCCCACUGGAGAGCUAACAUCUAAAAUUUUAAGCAGUAUUAAAGUCUUGGAAGGGUUUUUGGAUAUUGACACCAAAUUCUCAGAAAACCGGUGCCAAAAAGCUUUACCCAUGGCUCAUAGUGCCUAUCAGUCAAAUUUGCCUCAUAAUUACACAAUGACUGUCCAUAAGAAUCAACUUGCCCAGGCUCUGCGAGUAUAUAGUCAGCAUGCUAGGGGUCCAGCCUUUCACAAAUAUGCCAUGCAGUUACAUGAGGACUGCUACAAGUUUUGGAGCAAUGGCCAUCAGCUCUGUGAGGAGAGGAGUUUAACUGAUCAACAUUGUGUACAUAAAUUUCACUCAUUACCUAAAUCAGGAGAAAAACCAGAGGCUGAAAGGAAUCCUCCUGUGCUGUAUCACAAUAGCCGAGCUCGAUCCACUGGUGCCUGUAACUGUGGCAGGAAACAAGCACCUCGAGACGAUCCCUUUGAUAUCAAGGCAGCUAACUAUGACUUUUAUCAGCUUCUGGAAGAAAAGUGUUGUGGAAAAUUGGAUCAUAUCAAUUUCCCAAUAUUUGAACCAAGUACUCCAGAUCCUGCACCUGCCAAAAAUGAAUCUUCUGCCCCUCCAGAUGCAGAGGCUGACAGACUUAAAGAAAAAGAACCUCAAACCCAAGGAGAGAGCACAAGCCUGAGUCUAGCUUUGAGUUUAGGCCAAUCCACAGAUAGUUUAGGUACCUAUCCACCUGAUCCACAAGGAGGAGGAGAUAAUCCAGAAGUUCAUGGUCAAGGAGAAGUAAAAACUGAGAAGAGACCAAACUUGGUUGAUCGACAGGCAUCCACAGUUGAGUAUCUCCCAGGCAUGCUGCAUUCAAAUUGCCCGAAAGGUCUCCUUCCCAAAUUCUCGAGCUGGUCUUUGGUUAAACUAGGCCCUGCUAAGUCUUACAACUUUCAUACAGGUUUGGACCAACAGGGCUUCAUUCCAGGAACAAAUUAUCUUAUGCCUUGGGACAUUGUCAUCAGGACCAGAGCUGAAGAUGAAGGAGACUUAGACACAAAUUCUUGGCCUGCUCCAAAUAAAGCUAUCCCCGGAAAGAGAAGCGCAGUUGUAAUGGGGAGAGGAAGACGGCGAGAUGACAUAGCGCGAGCAUUUGUGGGCUUUGAAUAUGAAGAUUCUCGAGGUCGGAGGUUUAUGUGCUCAGGACCUGACAAAGUAAUGAAAGUAUUGGGGAGUGGACCAAAGGAAUCAGCUUUAAAAGCCCUGAAUAGUGAUAUGCCCUUGUAUAUUCUGUCAUCCUCUCAGGGUAGAGGGCUAAAACCACAUUAUGCUCAACUUAUGAGGCUUUUUGUUGUGGUUCCUGAUGCUCCUUUGCAGAUAAUACUAAUACCUCAGGUUCAGCCAGGGCCACCCCCAUGUCCAGUAUUCUACCCAGAAAAACAAGAAAUCACUCUCCCACCAGAUGGCCUCUGGGUUUUGAGAUUUCCCUAUGCAUACGUGACAGAGAGAGGACCGUGUUUCCCACCAAAGGAAAACGUGCAGUUAAUGAGUUACAAGGUGCUCCGUGGGAUUCUUAAAGCAGUAACACAAUAAGUGUGUUCCAGCCAGUUCAUUCCUCAACUUGAGCUGGGGUUUUUUUUUUUGGUGUAUAUGGAGUUACUGAUUUGGUAUGUGUUUGCUGUGUUUUCUUGAAGCCAAAAUGGGUGUUGGUUACAGAUGUUCAGUAUUCGGACAAUAAUUUUUGUACUAUUUCAUGAUAUUGUUGGUAUUUAUUGUCAUUGGGGCUACAAGUUUCUAAUAAACAUUGGUUGUUCUAGAAAAGGACUUAAAAUACAUGGUUGAUUCCUCUGUUUUCCAUUUCACUGUCCAGAAUAAAACAUGUUUCUAUCAAAACUAAAUGUUGUAAAAUUAUGUUGAGCUGAAACCUUGUUAUUACUAAAAUUGUGUUUUAACUAGGAUUUUCAUUAAGAUGCUGCUCCUGAAAUUAUCUUUAUGCAAGCCCUGUUGUUUGGUUCACAGUUCUGUUACCUGAGUUAAGAGUCUUUUUUUUUUUUUUACACCAUUUGAUCCUUGGACUGAUGAAAUACCAUGCUUUAAAUGAAUGCUAUCUGAGCUAAAGCUUUUCAAUAUAAAAUAUCACCCACUUUAUUCCUUAAAAAUUCCUAUACUGUGAAACAAUUUUUAAGUGACUCAAAACUUAUUAGUCUAUGAUGACUUCCCUUUUUUUAAGAUUUUGUUUAUUUUUUAUUUUAAAGAGAGGGGAAGGGAGAGAGAAAGAGGGAGAGAAACAUCAAUGUGCGAAAGAAAAUAUGGACGGGUUGACCUGGCCCGCAACCCAGGCAUGUGCCCUGAUUGAGAAUCAAAGUGGCAACUUUCAGUUUGAAGGCACGCAGUCCACUAAGCCACAGCAACCAGGGUAACUUUCACGAGCAUCAACCUAAUGACACUGAUAUAUCAUCAAUUAGAUAAAUGUGCAAAAUGAGUUAACAUACCGAAGUUUUAGUGUAAUUGAUUCUAUUUUUCUAAACAAAUUGAUUCUGAAAUGCUGAGCAAAUAAAAUUGAAGUUUAGUCUUAAUAUAUAUGAAAUAUAGUAUUUGCAUAAUAUAUCUUACUAAUAGUUUAAGACAGUCAUUUAGGUUUUGAUUAGGAAGUGUAUAUAGGCAGUUAGAAAAACAGUCAUGGAGAUAUAAAGUACACUGUAGGGGAUAUAGUUAGGGGGCUCCCCUUCCCCGGUUCUUGUCUCUUUUGCAAGAGAAGAAUUCAGAUAAGGGACAACAUGUAUAGUGGAAAUAACAAGUUGAUUUAUGAAAUAGACUUGAGCGUGAAGCUGCAAGCAGACACCCAGCCAGUCUGAGUGCGCUGCUUAUUGGGGCUUUAGGGGUUUUAUGCUGAUAGGCAGCUUCUAGUUUUCCCCUCCUCCCCUCUGCAGACCUUGGCAUUUAUAUACAGUUUCAAAGCCUUUUCUAGAUUGUGGGAACAAUGCAUACAGAAUGUCCCCUCUUGCACUAUCACGGUCUUUCUUGUGAUUUUGUGUAGGGGACCAGUUUGUUUUAGUCUGGCAAAUGUGACUCAGCUCUAUAAUAGAAAACCUACAGAAGCGAAGUGGUAGGGAGGAGCCAGACCUUCAAACCAAGUUUUCCCAUGAGAAUCAGGCCUAGAAAAUGCCUAUAGACUGUUAUGGCUUGCUCUUGCUAAAACUCCAUCACCCUGGUCUAAAACAACAAAUGUGUACUGUCUAUCCUCAAGGUAAUUUCCAAAGCCUUUGUGAAUUUUCCCAAGAACAGAGCUAAUCAGCUCACCGCCAUUCCCCUCUGCAUGUUAUUUUCAUUUCCUUGAUUGUACCUAAAAUGUAGACAAUAAUAUCCUAUGUAAUAGAUAAUAAAUCCUUUGAUGUAAGGCCCCAGAAAAACAAUAAAAGCUUGUCAAGGGAAGGGUCGACACGCUCUCCCCUCGAGAGAGUAGCUGUGCCAUUUCCUUUUUCUCCACAGGAUUGCUGUCUCCUGUGCAUUUAUUCUCGUCUUCAGUCACAACAAGUGGACUCUGCUGGCCGGAGUCCACCACAAUUUUGGAAAUACCUAGCAAUCUUACUGGACCAGGCUCAGGACUGCUGACUUAACAGGCAAUAAAGGCUAGGAAGAAGGCCAUCGGGUCAAUGUGUAUAUGUAAAACAUUCUAGGACUGGUUUAAGAUACUCCAAAAGCACAUAAAGAAAUACGAUUGGUGGGUUGGAAUCCUGCUGUAGUGUCAAUGCAAAAAGAAAUUUGAAAGGCAACUCUAUUUCACGGUUUGAGAAGGAUGUAUGGAAGUCAUACCAUGAG